AUGGCAGCGCCUGCGUCGCUACGAGACUGCCAGGCGUGGAAGGAUGCUGGUCUACCGCUCUCCACCACAAGCAACGAGGCCUGCAAGCUGUUUGAUGCCACCCUGACUCAGUAUGUCAAGUGGACCAAUGACAAGAAUCUUGGUGGCCUUGAAGGCUGCCUAGCGAAGCUCAAAGAAGCAGACCCGACCUUCACUAUGGGCCAGGUCAUCUCCAAUGGCCUUGUGCUGAUUGGCACUGGGACCUCUGUGAGGCUGGACCAACAGCUGGCGGAGGCCCUGAAGACGAUGGUGGAGAAUUCGAAAACCCAGCUGCUCACACAGCGGGAGCAGCUGCACGUGUCUGCAGUGGAGAUGUUUGCCAAGGGGAACUUCCCGAAAGCCUGUGAUCUGUGGGAAGAGAUUCUCCGGAACCAUCCCACAGACAUGCUGGCCUUGAAGUUUUCCCAUGAUGCUUACUUUUACCUGGGCUACCAGCAGCAGAUGCGCGAUUCUGUUGCUCGAAUUUACCCCUUCUGGACGCCUGACAUCCCCCUUAGCAGCUACGUGAAAGGCAUUUAUUCUUUCGGACUGAUGGAAACCAACCUCUACGAUCAGGCAGAAAAGCUCGCCAAGGAGGCUUUGUCUAUUACCCCAACAGACGCGUGGUCAGUGCACACCGUGGCCCACAUCCACGAGAUGAAAGCGGAAAUCAAGGAUGGACUUGAAUUCAUGCAGCGCUCAGAAACCAACUGGAAGGACUCGGACAUGCUGGCUUGUCAUAAUUACUGGCACUGGGCUUUAUAUUUGAUCGAAAAGGGUGACUACGAGGCUGCGCUGACUAUUUAUGACAACCAUAUCCUGCCCAGUCUGCAGGCCAGUGGCGCCAUGCUGGAUGUGGUGGACAGCUGUUCCAUGCUCUACCGGCUGCAGCUGGAAGGGGUGCCCGUGGGAAAGCGCUGGCAGGACGUCCUGCUGGUGACCCAGAAGCACAGCCGUGACCACAUCCUGCUGUUCAAUGAUGCCCACUUCCUUAUGGCCUCCUUGGGCGCACGGGACUCUCAAACCACAGAGGAGCUGUUAACCACACUGCAGGAGGCCAGCGAGUCACCAGAGGAGAACUGCCAACACCAGCUGGCCCGAGAUGUGGGCCUUCCGCUGUGCCGGGCCCUGGUGGAGGCUGACAUGGGGAAUGCUGACCACGCCUUGGAACUACUGCUGCCUAUCCGCUACCGGAUCACCCAGAUCGGAGGCAGCAAUGCCCAGAGAGACGUCUUCAACCAGUUGCUGAUUCACACAGCCCUGAACUGCACCUCAGAUGCCCAUAGGAAUGUGGCACGGAGCCUUCUGAUGGAACGUGACGCCUUGAAGCCCGGCUCACCCCUGACGGAGCGGCUCAUCCGCAAGGCGGCUGCCCGUCACCUUAUGCAGUAA